AUGGAAUUGGCUAAGGACGCAUUCGGCGAUUUCCGUUUACUGAUUGGUACUUGGCUUUUCGCCAUCCUCUGGUCCUUUGCAGCCUACGGAUUGUUCCGGUGUUACCCGAAGCUGCGACGACCGAAUAAAGUGCGGGUGCUGUUGGCUGUGGUCAUGCUCACGCUCACAGGCGUGUGCGUAUCCGUUGCCCGUGGUAGAGACUGGUCGGUGUUCCCUUCAGUGUUCAUCAUGUCCGUGGGUAUGAUCCACCUCAUGAAGAUCCACUCCUAUGUGUGCACUACCCAUACCCUUUGGCUGCACAACGGACUACACCUCCGAGAGCCAUCACACAGCACAAAGGCUCUGGAACAACUAGACCACGAGAACCUCCUUCCCAAAAACCUCAAUACCCAGAACCGCCAAGCAGACAGGAAAGAGGACUCCACAGAGAAAACGGACAUCCCCGCAGAAAAGUCGGAAGCCGCAACUGAGACUGAGAAUCCCACUUUACUUACUGAUAGUGUAACUGAUAAUGUAACCGACAACGUAACUGAUAACGUAACUGAAUGCGGUACCGACAACGUACCCAAGAUGGUGGCAGAGAAGACUAUGAGAGAAACGGUCGAGCGGGCUGAUGAGAGUCAGGUCGAGCGGGCUGAUGAGAGUCAGGUAGAUGAUGGGAGCGAACCUGUUGAGGGUGGUUGUUUAUCGCCGGGUUGUGAAGCAGAAUGUUCGAAAGCGUGUGCUCUGUACGAUUUCCCUAACUGUUGCACAUUGCAGGACUUCACAAGAUUCCUUUUCGUGCCCAGCGUCAUUUACACACUGCCUGAACUCAAACUGAGUGUUUCGUUGGCCAACUGUGAACUCGAAGGGGAGGACGAAAAUCAGCAAGUGCCUACAGCUGCGUCGACUGCGAGACUAGGAGAAGGGGAGUCGACGAGGACAUUGAAGCAAUGGGAGUCAUCGUCGGUGUUGAAGCAGGCUUCGGCAUUGGGGAGGUCCAGAGAUGUCCCCCGCUUCCGUCUGCGUUAUUUCGUGGGCAAGACAUUUCUGUUGUUAUUGACCUUGUCUUCGAUCUUCUUAAUAGCGUCACGUGACGUAAUUCCUGUAAUGGACAACGCAUCCAAAGCGAACUAUCUUUAUACAUACACGAAGCUUAUCAGUCCUCUGUUCAUCAUGGAUCUGUUGUUUUUCUAUAUGAUGUUCGAGUGCAUACUGAACAUGCUGGCCGAAGUCACAGGCUACCCGGAUCGCGAGUUCUAUGAAGACUUCUGGAACUGCACUACUUGGGAGGAAUUUUCCCGCAAAUGGAAUCGCCCUGUCCACCUUUUCUUAUACUCCCACUGCUACCGUCCCAUCUACUCCUUUGUCAAGUCGGUAUGGAGUAUGUACCACCACGCAGACUCGACGGGGCAAAGCGGUGGAGGCCGGACGGCAAGAAGAGUUGGUCGCGUUCUUAAAGGCCAGUUCGUUGCGUCAUUGCUGACGUUUUUGUUCUCUGCCGUUAUCCAUGAGUUCUUCCUCACUGCCACCUUGGGGUUCGUGGCUGGAUGGAUGUUCACGUUGAUGAUGUUCCAAAUCCCACUUAUCGCCCUCAGCAAGUACCACAAAGGGACCGCUUUCGGCAACUACUACUUUUGCUUCGGCAUCAUCAUCGGCGUCCCCUUCUUGGCCUGCCUGUACGGCACCGAAUGGAACACAAGACGACAAAAUAUGGUCUACAUUAUUUGA